AUGCAUAUGCUUUUGUUUACAGAUUUCCCUAUCGAACUCGGACAAGAAUUCAGAUAUAAAACUGUAGAAAAUUUCAAAAGAUUGAUAAAUUAUCACGCAGUAUUAAAUGAAAGAAUAAACAAACAUAAAACAGAAGAAAAACACGCACACCAUGCAAAACAGAUAGAUUAUAAGCUCUCAAACGUUCAUGAUGAAUUACAGUAUCAAGAUGGACGAAUCGAGGGCUUAGUUAUUGGUCACAAUGGAAAUGGUGUGGAAGAAGUAAAAGACAGUAGAACAGCUUUAGAUGGUAGUAAUCAUGAUUUACUUUCUGUACGUUUAAAAUACGACUUUCAAAUCAUUAAUAAAACCAUUGAAGAUAACUACAAUAAACUAAAUAGCAAGAUAGAAAGAAUUAUAAAUGUGAAUGAUUAUGGUGCAGACCCAACGGGGCAAACAGAUUCUACGGAAGCGUUUAAAAAAGCGGUGCGAGGUGGAAAUGUUCAUGCACACAUGACUGCGGGCACUUACAUCAUUAGUGGACUUAAAUUGCCAAACAAUACAGUAUUAUCCGGUGAAGGUAUUGAUAUCACUAAUUUGAAAAUUGCAGAUACUGCACCAGCUCAAACGAUAGGUAUUACAAAUGAGGAUAUGACAGGUAACGCAACAAACAUUUAUAUUGAUAAUUUCACAAUUGAUGGUAAUCGAUACAGACAAAAUAAAGUAUUACAACCUGCGGGUGGUUCAUUGUCAUCUAACGUACGUUUUGCCGGUGUUAAAUUCGGUGGUGCUUAUAAAGUUAAAUCAAUUGAUGGUUUAUUACAUGGCUUUGACAUCACUUAUGCGAGUGAUGAAUACUAUUAUCAAGGUGAUGGUGUAAGAGUUAGUGAAGCGCUUGAAAGUAAGUAUGUAACGAUUGAUAGUUGUAUUGCUAAAGGCUUUGGCGAUGAUGGAAUUACAACACAUCAUAGUAGAUAUUUAACAAUUAGUAACAACUAUUCAGCAGACCCUGUAGCAGCCUCUCAACCUAAUAACAAUGGUAUUGAGGUAGAUGAUGCUUCACAACAUGUUAUGUUAUCGAAUAACAUUACUGAAAACUGUUUCGGUGGUUUAGAAAUUAAAGCGCAUGAGACUGCCACUGCUCCUAACAAUAUUCUUAUCAACGGCCAUCAAUCAAUACAUUGUGUUAGAGCAUACAAUUGGAGACAUAUUGGACACCAUAAAGCUACUGAUCCACAAACGAAAUCAGCACAUUCAAUUGUUGCAAAUGGUAUUACUGCAAUAGAGCCGGUAGACAAUGGCAAGUAUCCAGGAGCAACACCUAGAGCCAUGAUUGUGUCUGCAUACCGAAACGUUCAAGUUAACGGUUUUACUGCAAUAGGUAGUGGUGAGUUUAUGGCAGGGCAACCGGCAAUUGCAGUUCAAUAUCGAGCUGAGAAUGUAAUGUUGAACAAUUUAAAUAUCACUGGUUUCGUUAAUGCAAGUGAAGAUAUAAAAAUUAUGGGUGGUAAUAAUAGACCUAAGAACGUUACGAUUUCAAAUUUGAAUAUUUGGAACUCAUCUAAGAAUAUUGCUAUCGGUGGCGGUUCUAAAGUUUAUGACACUAGAAUUAUAAAUGCUAACUUGCAAGGUAAUGGCACUGGAACAGGUGUAUUUAUGUAUAGUAACACUGCGGAACUUAUUGGUGUUCAAGCUACAGGAUAUACUAAUGCGGCAGACAUUGCAGGUAAGAAAUAUAAUAAAGCUCCAACUGUUGUAAAAGGCGGAUUCAGUGCAGGCUCUACAGGUUCAGCAGCAGUUGCAGAACGUUCUGCGGUUAUUGCUUCCACAGGUAAUACUUUUGCUUUUAGUGAUAGAAGUUGGGCUGCAGGAACAGGUAUGAACUCGAAAGUGUAUGGGUCACGUAGCGCGAUAAUCAACUCAUUAGAAUCAGAAACGACACAAGGUAAUCAUACUCAAACGAUUAUGAAUUCACGUGGUGUUAAAACAAAUCAAAACUAUGUUAUUGCAAUGGGAUACGGAACAGGUGGCGCAUCCACUGCAAAUACUUCAUUAGAGAUUCGUCCAAUUAGUGGUAACUUGAACACGAAAGGACAAGUACAAUCCGGGCAAAAUUUUGGUGACUACGCAGAGUAUUAUGAAUCCCAAAGUGGCCAACCGAUUCUAUUAGGUACCAUUGUUACGCUUGAUGGUCGUUAUAUUCGAAAAGCAAACAUAAAUGAUGAACCUUUAGGUAUUAUUUCAGGCACUGCAGGUAUUAUACUAGGUGACCAAAUGUGGCAUCACAAAGAUAAAUUCUUAAAAAAUGAAUUUGGUGUGACGCUCACUGAACUUGUUAAAAAGCAAUGGCAAGAUGAUGAAGGCAAUUGGUAUUCAGAAGAAGUUGAGUUACCUAUAGAAAAUCCUGAUUUUGAUUCUAGCAAAGACGAAGAAUAUUUAUCACGAUCUGAACGCCCAGAAUGGAAUGUGGUUGGAUUAAUGGGACAAAUAUUCACGCGUAUUGAUGGUACUGUAUCUGUGAAUGACAAAAUCAAAGCCAAUAAAGGUAUUGGAACGAAAGAUAAUAACAAUGGUUUCUAUCGUGUGUUAGAAGUUACUACACCAUUUGAUUCUGAAAAAGGUUACGGCGUUGCAGUCGUACAAGUGAAAUAG